AGAACUCAAGUCAAGUUAGAACAUUGAACCCCCCGACACUCUUGGUUUGUUUUUGUGUUUGUGUUUGUGUGUUGACGUACAAACAAGUGAAUGCUUUUGCUUGCCAUCUACUGCACUGCACUCAUUCUCCAAAUCCAAUACAAGCUGCACCAUUCAUUACUAUGGCAUUAGCAGAUCUCAAUAAUAUAAUACACAUGUGAAUUAGUUUUGAGGGAAUGCAAUGCGGUGUUGAGUUGGCUGGCAUCAUGAACAGCAGAAAUGUGAAUGAGCAUCAUCACCGUCGAGGUCGCAGCUUCAAUGGGAUUACCAACAUCCAUCUCUUCAACACAAAUUCUUCCCAUGUUUCAGGGAAACUGCCCAAACUCUCUUUUGAAUCAGCAAGACUGGACACAAGUGGGAUUGAUGAUCUAUUGUCAUCCACUAGAGGAGGAAAGCAUGACUAUGACUGGCUUCUCACUCCCCCGGGGACCCCCCAUUUAGCAUCAUCAGAAGGAGAAUCCCAACCAACCUCGGUGCCUCCAAGAAGCAGUUUGGGUAGAUCAACGUCAAACACUAAUGCCUCAAGGCUUUCGGUCUCACAAUCACAGAACAACAGCCAGUCUCAUUCUAGACCAACAAGAAGCAGUUCAGUGACUCGCUCUUCAAACAAACUAAACGCAAGCCCUGCUUCAGUUUCAUCUCGUAACAGGCCAUCUUCCCCCAUAACUAUAACCCGUUCUCCAUCUACAUUAAGGCCUACCACACCAUCAUCAACAAGACCCUCAACACCCUCCAGAAUACCAUCAAGGCCAUCCACUCCUACCUCUGCAUCAAAUUCACGCCGCCAUUCAAUGCCAUCUCAAUUUCCUACAACAUCAGCCACAGGCACAGCCACGCGUGUUGGACGCCGACCGCAGGCAGUUGUUCCACCUGAUUUUCCACUUGAAACACCACCAAACCUCAGAACAACGUUGCCUGAUAGACCUGUCUCUGCAGGCAGGUCUCGUCCUGGUGCUGUUGUUACUCUUCCUUUGAAGCCAAACUCUGAAACACAAGCCAUGUCAAGGAGACACCCAUCUCCCAUUGCCAAUAGAGGGAGAUUGUCAGAGCUCACAGGAAAAGGCCGUGCCCAUGUCAAUCCCAAUGCUAAUGCUAAUGCUAAUGCUAAAGCUAAUUCUUCUGAUGGAAGACUCCCCCUCCCACAUGCCUCCAAAUCAGUUAAGUCUUCACCCACUUCCCCAGACAACCAUGGAUUGGGGUUAGGAAGGACACUCUCAAAGAAAUCCUUGGAUAUGGCUAUUAGACACAUGGAUAUAAGGAACAGCUCAGGAACGCCUCGUUCACUUUCAAGUGCCACACUAUUUCCUCAGAGUAUUCGAACUUCAACUCCCAAGGCACAGCACACGCGAGGUUUGAGUGCUCCAGCUUCAGUCAACAUGAAUGGAAAAGGUACUAGUAAGAUGAAUGAAAGGCAAUACUUUGCAAGAUUUAUGGAAGUGGAUGCAUACGAAAGUUCUCGUUAUGAUUCACUAUUGGUUAAAGAAGAUUUCAACAGCACAAACUGGCUGCUUAGUGUUGAUGACAAAUGUGAUCAAAGACCCAUCUUUGACAACGGUUUUGAGUCUCUGCCUGAACCUUUUGGCCUCUUAUAGCCCACAUUUGUAAUAUGCUAUUUACGUCUGAUUAUCAUUUUCCAGAGCUGGGGAAAAGAAGAUGUGCCAUAAAAUCUGUGGAUUUAACUUCCAUCUUAUGCGUCAAAUUUGAUGUUACACAACUUGAAUCUUAAUAUGUAUAGAAUUUUACAUAGAAUUUU